AUGGACGCAGAGGUUGUGGUCGUCGACGUGGCCGGGCCUGAAGCCCCGUCGCCUGGCGAGGCGGCCGGGGCCCGGGCGGAGCCGUCGGAGGGCGCGCAGCUCUUCGGGGCGAGCGACGCCGGAGAGAAGACGUACACGGUCGUGUGCCCGGCGGGAGCGGCGCCCGGCGACCAGCUCCAGAUCGACAUCGAAGACGAGACGCUCCUCGCGCGCGUGCCCGAGGGCGUCGGCCCCGGCGAGACCUUCCCCGUGACCGCGCCGCGCGCCGGCGCCGCGCCGCCGCCGGCGGCGACGCCCGUCGCGAUGCCGCCGCCGACCGUCGCGACGCGCGCGCCGGCGUGCUUCGCGCUCGUCCACGGCUUCCUGGCCAUGCUCAACGCGCUCGCGGGUCGCUGGGGCCUCCUCGGCCUCGCGCUCCUCGCGGGGCCCGUCGCGGGCUACGUCGGCGCGCACCGCCUCGACGCGCGCCUCGUCGCCGCGCUCUUCCUGCUCUACAUGAGCUUCUGGAUCUUCAUGUUCUUCGUCAUCAAGAUGUGGAUCACGCAGAUCGUCUUCAAAUUCUGGCGGGUCUUGAGCCGCCUCUCCGCGGACCGCGCGCGCACGCUCUCGCGGCCGUUGACGGUGCACAAUCGCCGCGCAGUCAUGGUGUACUACUAG